UGAGACUUGUACAAAUACUGGAGAACGUUGUUGUGACAUUCAUGGAGAGAACAGAUCUAGAUGAAAGCUUUGGCAUACACCACCAAACCUUGUGGAACUUUCCUGCUGGCAGCAACUGUGAUCUGAAGUGGGAGAACUGCUGCUGAACAAAGGCAGGUACCUCUUUCAAGGCAACUAUACCUGCUUGACCAUGUAUGCUGCUUUCUUUCUUCUCCUCCUGGCAGCCUGCCUGCCCUCUGGAUGGGCGCAGACGGCCCUGGAUGACUACGUCAAGCAGGAUGACCCUCACUACAACUACACUGUCACAAACACGGAAGACAGGCCUGAUGUGACCAUCUAUACCCUCAACAUGACCUCCUUGAAGUGGCUGAAUGAGUCUGAAUUGUCUAACCCAAUUUGGUGGCAUGAGCUGAUCAUCGUUGUGUCAAAGGAACGAAAAAUGAAUAACGCGUGUUUCCUGAUGCUUGGGAUGGGAAGAAAUGAUGAACCGCCUAGUAAACGAGAUUUGACUGUUGAUGAGCUUGUCACUAUAGCAAAAUCAACUGGGUCCUGUGCAGCACUUUUGGGGCAGAUUGCAAACCAGCCAAUCACCUUCAAGACAAUCCCUUUGGAAAUGUGCAAGAACAGCAUUGAAAAUGCUGCACUUGUUUGUUCGUGGUGGAGAUAUAUGAACUAUGAGAAUUUGCAGCCACAUGUGCUGAUUCAGUUCCCAAUGGUGAAGGCAGCUGUGCGUGGCAUGGACACUGUAGCAGAUUUUAUGCUGAAAGAAUCCGGUGGAACAAUUAAUAUCACAAAGUUCACAUUGACUGGUUUUUCCAAGCGUGGCUGGGUCACCUGGCUGACAGCAGGUGUGGACAAGAGAGUUGUGUCAUUUAUUCCAAUUAUCUAUGAUCUUUUGAAUAUAGUUAAGAACUGGCAUCAUGAAUACCGAUCAUACUGUGGCUGGGGAGUUGCAUUGUAUCAUUUCUAUGUCAUGAAUAUAACUCGGCAGUUGGACACUCCACGGUUCCAGGAAUUAGCUUCACAUGUUGAUCCGUUUGUAUAUAAAGAACGAUACCAAAAUAGGUCCCUGCUCAUGAUCCUAUCAACAGGAGAUGACUUCUUCCUGCCUGAUAACUCGUACUAUUUCUUUGAUGAGCUACCAGGAAAGAAAUAUAUCCGAUUCAUCCCGAACACUAAUCACAUGAUAACAUCAUUACCAUGGAACAGAGCAUCUAUCCUUGAGUCAUGUAGAGCCUUUCAUCUCAGCACCAUGCAGAAUUUGACCAUGCCUCAAAUUUCUUGGAACAGGUCUGAGGCAAAUGGUGGCAAAGGCAUUAUCUCUCUCUACACAGAUCAGGAGCCUCUAAAAACUAGAUGUAUCUUUGCUGACACAUGGCUCGGCAACAGGCGAGACUUCAGGCAAUUUAGGCUUUCCUUGAUCGUUGUGAAUCCUGUACUUUGGACUGAUUGCAAGGUUGUUAAAGUGGGAACAGGUGUUUAUAAAGCAGAAUUGUCAAAGCCAUUAUUGGGAUGGAAGGGUUUCUUUAUUGAGGUAACUUUCAAAGGACCUGAGAAGGAUAAGCAUGUUUUCACCUCUGAGGUUCAAAUAAUCCCAGACACUUUUCCAUGUGCAGACUGCAAGGGAGAAGGAUGCUAUGGGAAGCUGGUGUGAAACCCUGCAGAGACACGGUGGCUCCUGUUGCUGACAGCAUCCAUGAGGGAAGACAUAAGAGGCAUUUGGAAAACCAUGCGGAGAAGUGGGUGGACAGAGAAAGAACCUCAUGCAGAGAAAGCAGACAGGUCCCACUUAAACUAAAAUGGAAAAGGUGCAAGGGUGGGGAGCUUGGUGUCAAGGUGUUAGUGAGGGUGCCACUCAGGAUCAGGAGACCUAACCAAGGAGCAGAUGCUAUGGCAAUGGGGAAUGGGUAGGGUGGUUGUAUGAAGAAUAUCAGACAUGAGAGGAAGGGGCUGGUUCUAUAGAAUUAUGAACAAGUAAAUACAAUACAGGAAAGUGUGUCUUUGUGAUUCCCAGUGCCCUGGAUCAUAAUAAAGAAUAUAGCUAUGCUUUAUAUAAGUCUUCAAUGAAACGCUGCACUAGUUUCUGAUCAUUUUAUGCAGACAGUACAAUUCCUUAUCUUACAUUUAAGACAGUUUAACUUCAUAAUGGGAUUAAAUAUUAUCUAAUCUAAGUAAUUAAUUAUAACUGUCAUGUAAAGUGAUUGAGUUCAAAUUCUGCACAAGGCACAGACCAACUGAGUUGCUUCUUUGGUUAGCUAUUAUCUGUUACCUUUUGGUUCCUCUGUGCAAAAUGGGGUGUAAUAAUAAAACAAAUAUGCCAUUGUA